UGACAUAGAUGGACGAGCGAAAGGGCCCGACUUGGCACUGCAUUGUUGGCCGUAACUUUGGCAGCUUUGUAACCCACGAGACCAAGCACUUCAUAUACUUCUAUCUCGGCCAUUGUGCUAUCCUGCUCUUCAAGACGCAGUAAUCUUGACGCGAGUAGUUCAUGGGAUAGAUGGAUUAUGGCACUUGCGAGUUGCGGUGGUCCCUUUGGAAGCGUAAGAGACGCUAUAUGUAUGGUCGUGGAGGGCGUGUGGUGUACAUUUUUGCGGCUUCAUGUUCAGAAUUUGAAUUAUUUAUUAUUGGAUGUCUUUUCUACAACCAGAGAUGAAGGAUCACUUUCGUCGUUGAGCGAAAAGAAAGAAGGCAAUUCACCCCUGUGCUUUGAUAUACGAUCCAUAAGUCCUUUGCUCAGGUGCAAUCCUACGCUAUUGACCUACCAGAGAAGUGAUUUGAGGGCGCAAAUGAAACAAUGUCCGGGGAAAGGAAAAAGAAGAGGGAAACAUGGUUUACCCAGUAGUAGCGGAAGCAGUUCCUCCCGUGAACGAGCCAUCCAGACGAAACAUUUCUUCAGCAACAGCAGCAGCCCCCAAACGCAUGUCUCAGACUACUCGCAUUGCAUGAGACUCGCACUUCACCUCAGACAGCCCCUCGCAAGCCUCUACACUCGAGGUGCUUUUUGGUUGCAAACACCCCUCAUUUCUGCCCUCACCGGCUUCUGUCUGCAUGGGAAGGAUUUUUGCAGACUCCGUCGUGUUUACCUUUCUCCCAUGUACGCCAAUAGGAUUGGCGAAUCUAAGAGGCCGCUGGAGAAGCCCUCUCUGAUGUGCGUGCCGCCUGAGUGGCGCAUCAGCACUGGCCGCUGACCUUGCCGAAGGGCAAGAAAAGACAGCAGCUGGGCUUGUUUCCAGAUGAGGUAGGUAGGUACAGGUACAGGUAGUAGCAGGUAAGUGACACAACCGAAGCCCAAAAACUCAACUCUAGCCCUGAACACUUGUGCCUUUUCCCGCCUUUUUUCUUGUAACUCCCAAAAUCAGAGGCAGAGGGUGCACAUCUCGCCGAUUCGUCGGUAUCAAAAGCAAUCUCGCCGUCUUUUUGCCCAUGUGUAAAUCCACCACUCCAGGGGUGGGACAGAGCUAUUUGCGAUAUAUAACUGUUAGCCAUGCGGUGAAAUGUCACUGCUAAUUAACAGGCAAAAAACAGAACCAGACCAUAGGUAGAAGAGCAGCGCGCACUAAGCGACCAGAGCCACCUGCAGCUAGC